CACGGCAAGUACUACACUGUACGUACUACACUGCACGUACUACACUCACGGCAAGUGGUACACUGCACGUACUACACACACGGCGAGUGGUACACUGCACGUACUACACACACGGCGAGUGGUACACUGCACGUACUACACACACGGCAAAUAGUACACUGCACGUACUGCACUCACGGCAAAUAGUACACUGCACGUACUACACACACGGCAAGUGGUACACUGCACGUACUACACUCACGGCAAGUGGUACACUGUACGUACUACACACACGGCAAGUGGUACACUGCACGUACUACACACACUGUACGUACUACACUGCACGUACACACACACACUACACGUACACACACACACGGCUGUAUCACGCGGACAGGCGAAGGAAGUCUUCUUCAGCAAGGAGUGCUCAAAGGUGUGCCAACUAGGAGGCCAAUAUUGCCACUGAACGUCUUGGCCGACAGGAUGGAAGGUGGCCUCGUCUAUCACCAUGCGUCCUCGCGGAAAGUGGUGCCGCUGAAAAGCAUCACAGUGAAGGUGUUGGUGCGGGGCUUCGUGGCUGACGUGGAGGCCUCCAUGGUCUACCGCAACGACGAAGCCUUCCCCAUCGAGCCCUCCUUCUUCUUCCCUCUUGACGACGACUCGGCCGUGCACGCGUUCCGCGCACGCAUCGCCGACAGAGAGAUGAGCGCGGCGCUGAAGGAAAAAAUGGAGGCCGAAGAUGAAUACGACGACGCCAUCGCCAUGGGACGCCGGGCGUUCAGGCUGUCGAAGGAGUGCGGCGACGUCUUCCACUGCAUGCUGGGUAACCUCGGCGCCGGCGAAGAGGCGGAGUUGUCGCUGGAGUUUGUCUCGGAGCUCGGAGUGGAGCCCGACGGCGCCGUUCGCUUCUGUCUGCCCACGGUGCUCAACCCUCGCUACUCACCGCAGGGCACGGCGAACCGCCUGCCGUACCUGGCGCCGUCCCAGGACGUCCCCUACACCCUGUCGUUCACGCUCACGGCCGAGAACCCCGGGGGGAUCGACGACGUCUCCUCUCCCAGCGGCCUCCUGGGGCCUGCGACGUUCGCCGAGUCUGACAGAGCCUCGGCCCAGGUGUCCCUCGAAGGAAACUUCAAGUUUGAUCAGGACAUUGAGGUGCUGAUUUACUAUAAGCAGAAGCAUCAACCGUUUGCGCUCAUUGAGCCUGGACUCCCGGCGACGGAGGUCUCAUUCCUGGCGGACACCGUGGCGAUGCUGAACUUCUUCCCGGGUGAAAUGGAGGAGAUGGAAGUGCCAACCGCCGAGCAUGGGGAGUUUAUUUUCAUCAUAGACUGCUCCGGCAGUAUGAACAACAACCCCAUCAUGAGUGCAAAGGAAACGCUCAUUCUGCUCUUAAAGAGUCUGUCCCUCGGCUGCCUGUUCAACAUCUACAGCUUUGGCAGCCGAUUUAAAUCCCUUUACACCGAGAGCAUGCCCUACGACCAGCAGACGAUGGACACCGCCCUGAAGCACGUGUGCAGCAUGGACGCCAACAUGGGUGGCACGAACAUCAUGGGCCCUCUGGUGGACAUCUACAAGCAGCCCUGCAAGCCACAGCACCCCCGCAAGCUGUUCUUGCUGACAGACGGCAUGGUCGACAACACGCAGGGCGUUAUCCACACGGUGAAACAUCACUCCAUGGACCACAGGUGUUUUGCGUUUGGGAUUGGGCAGGGUGUCUCCACUGAGCUCAUUAAGGAGGUAGCACACGUUGGAAAGGGCCUCUCGGAGUUUGUCACAAGCUCUGACCGUCUUCAGGGCAAGGUGCUGAGGAUGCUCAAGUGCGCAAUGCAGCCGUCGCUUAACAACCCCCAGCUGGAAUGGACUCUCCCGCCCGGCAUCGUCGCCACCGUGGUGCCCCGGCUUCCCGAAAGCAUCUUCGUGGGAGAGAAGACGAUUGUCUACGCGCAGUUCGCUGGGACGCUCCCAGCGGAUCCGUGGCAGGGCUCAGCUGUGCUCAAGUACUCGCUGUGCGACAAGCCGAUUGAGAAUCGCAUCGUGUUCACCGGCGAGCCUGCUCACCACAAUGCUCGGCUCGUGCUGCACCGGCUGCUGGCCAAGGCGCUCAUCCGCCACCUCGUGGGGGACCUGGGCGACGACCCCGGCGCCGCCGGUCCCAGCGACGACGCGAGGCAGAAGUCCAUAACGCUGAGCCUGCAGGCGGGCGUCGUGUCGCGCUACACCGCGUUCGUGGCCGUCGACACCUCGCCGCAGCCGCCCAUCGCCGAAGCCAUGCAGGCCCGUCCCGUGCCACGGCCCCAUCCUAAUGCCCCCAUGGUCUACCACGUUGCCAGGGAUGCCUUCCCGGUUGACUUCUCUCACCAUAGGCAUGGGCCCUGGAUGGACUUUGGGGCUUUGUCCAAGAAAAAGUCUCAGCAGCACCAGCUCCAGGGCGCCGAGUCGGGAUAUGGUUCGGGUGCAUCCACUCGCUCUUCAUCGCCAACGCAAGACAUGUCGACUUCCAGUGCAGGGAAAUCUCAGAAGAGCCAUCGCGUCUUUCGGACGCAAAUCUCCACUCUCACCGUGGAAAAGAGAUUCCGGCAAGGAUCGCAGCAAAUGUGGCAGACUCCUUCGCGCUCGAACAGCACCACUAGCCCCUACUGCGCCGAGAUGAAUCACCUGGUCCAUUUGCAGCAGGCGAACGGAUCGUGGGAGAGUUUGGAGCAACUGGCGGUCGCGGUCCGGGUCCCGAUCAAAACCCUUCAGAGUGAGGCGCCGCAGGACAUGGCGAGCGAGGUGUGGACCACGGUGCUGGCGCUGGUGUGGCUGCAGUAUCGCGCUGCCGAGCAGAAGCUCGAGUGGGAUCUCCUCUCCAGGAAGGCCUCGCUGUGGCUCAGCCAGCAAGGAAUCGACAUCGGCGCCGCGGUCGAGGCCGCCAACAAGGCCCUCGGCUCGUCCGUCAAGCCCUCGGACAUUUGUGUGGCGAGAAGCUCCUCGAUGCAGUGAGACAUUUGCUCGCGAGCGACUUGGCCAACAUUCGCAGGCGCGUGGGCACAAUGCCGGUGCAUCGUAAGAUCUGGUUGUCGUGCUCUGCGGUGUUUUUGUCAUGGUACCAAAAGUUUUGUUUAUUUUUUAAGUAACGCAUACGAUGUGUGUUGUGGGAUGGUUGGUGGGGGGGUGGCAGGGGUGGUGGGGGGGGUGUUGGGCCGGUGGGGUGUGGAGACCCCUGUAAACUGGAAAUGGCAUUCGCAGCGCUGAGAAACGUAAUGGCGGGAAGACUCGAGACAACAUUGGGGGGGCGGGGGGGGCGUCCCCACGCUGACGAUGAGGCGCUUCGUUGAGCUGUCAUUUGUGGUCGGGUCGCCUGUCAUCCCCUCCGUCCGGGGAUCGAUGAAACUGAGCAGCACUUGCUCUAUCCCACCCAAACCCCACCCAUCUCUCGCCAUGAGAAUAUUGGCUGAGCAGCGAGGUUUGUAAAGCUGAAGAGGAGCACCGCCUCGAUUGAAAACUAAUUUCUUCAGAACUGCUUCUUGUGUUCAGGUUGUUGACAUUUCCCCCGCACCUCCGAUUUUAGCACGGUUGGCUACGUGCGACGUGAAAUUAUUUCGACCUCGUACAUAGUCCCAGUUGAGUCGAAUGCUGUGCGGUCACUCCUGUAGCAUUCCAUUGCGCAUUCCCCCCCUGAAUCGGAUUGUGAUUUUAGUUUUUUUUUUAACAUUGCUUCUUGUACCAAAUACAAUAUAAAAUACACAAAAUUACAUGAAAAGUUGUAAGUGAUCUCAAGUUAAUGUCACGGAAGGCCAAAUUUAGGCCGAGGGAGGGGGAGGAGACGGAGGGGAUUACUUGGGGCGCCCCCACCCCUGAAUUAGCCAAGACAUCUGUGGGGCACGCUGUUCGUAAGAUUUUUACCUCUUCAGUAAGUGGUUAUAAAAAAAAAACUGUUCUUGUUACAUUUAAAAGUGAUCUCCUGCAUAGUGGGAAUUGCACUACAGGUUCACUGCUGCUGUGGUUUCUCAAUGUUGCUAGUUUUAACUCCUGUACAUCGGUAGGGCCCGUAUUGCCAUCUCGACAAGUGUUGCUCUGCAUCCGAUGUUCAGUUGAAGUUGGCCGAUGGCUCCUUGCUCAACGAUAUUAGCCCGGUUUGGCUACGCACGGCGCGAAAUAAGUUAUAUGUGCGUACGUUUGAAAUGCAGACGUUGGCUUUGCGUUUUGUUUGCCGCGUCAGGAUGUGAAUCUGGUCUUGCGAGUUUCUUGUUUCUUCUGUAAUUGCAUUUCAUUAAACUCAUCUGCAGCAAUG